AUGGAUGCAUUUUUAACACCAAAUUAUGACUCUUAUCCAGUAGUAUGUUCAUGUUCAUGUUCAUCAUCUUUAUUUGAUGGUGAAUUACUUGAUAAUAAAUUAGGAAGAACUUGUUCAACAUCAACAAGAACAAUGGAUAAAUUUUUGUCACUUGAUUAUUAUUCUCGUAAUCAUUCAUUUGUUGAUUCUCCACUAUCUGUUGAAGAUUUACGAGAACAUUUUGCUUCAACUUAUAUUUUAACAAUUGGUCAUUCUUUAACAGAAAUUAAUAAAGAAGAACGAAUUAUCAUUGCAAUAUAA